AUGCCGUCAACGGAAGUUAAACUAUCCCCGCCGGUAAAUCUAGCUUCCUCUAAACAAAUUUCAAGAGACAAAGCUCUCCGCAUUCUCUUACAAUCAUGGCGAUCCCAACACAUUCUCUCUCAAAACGUCGCCAAAAAGCUCUGGGAACGUCUCUUCUACUGCGUCUACCACUCCGACAACUCUCUCGUUCAAGCUGACCUCAUCGAUCGCAUCGCUUCACAUCUCUCAUCAUUCCAUCAUCUUCCUCUCUCGCUGCAGUAUCUCUCCACUUUCUUCCUCACCAUGCGUCGCGAAUGGUCCGGUAUCGAUUCCGUUAGGUUAGACAUUUUCUAUCUCCUUAUUCGUAGGUUUAUAUCAAGCUUUUUGUAUUUACUUGAUAAGAAUUUAUGGAAUUUGGAUUUGGUUAAUCUUUUUGUGAAUUGUUUGGAUAAGUCUACGUUUUCUGCAAAAGAUAGGUUUGUUCAGGGAAACGGUGUUAAUUAUCAUGUUGCUUCUGUUUUUCUUCAAGAGCUUAGGGCUUUUCUUCCGAUUAAGUUGUCUGUUUUAGAAGUGCUUUUUAGGCCGUUUUUAUCUGCGGUGGGUAAAUUGCAUGAUGAGGUUUUGUUAGGGAAGAUUAAGAGUGGUUUUUUUGAUGUGCUGUUGAUGAAUGGGAAGAGGUUAUUGGAGGUUAAGAAAGGUGGAGAGGAAAGUGGCGAUGUUGUGAAUUUGGGAACAAUAGCUUUGGUUAUGGGUUUUUCUUCGAAGUUAUAUGGGUUGGCGUCUGCUCCUGAUUGUGUUCAGGGGAAUAGAAAGGUUUUGUUUGAAUUGCACCAUGAGUUCUUGAAGCUGGAGAAGGAUGUUAAUUCUGGGUUUGAGUUUUACUUUCCUGAUUUUGUUGAUCGGGUAGUGCUGGAUUCGGUUCCCAUUGUUGAGGUUGAUGGUUUAGGCAAGAAGGAUUCUGUUGACAAAGUGAAAAAGCCCAAAAAGAACAAGAGGAAGAUUAAGAAGAGUGAUGCAUAUGAUUUGAAUUAUGAAAUGAAUUCUGAUGAGAAUGGUGGUAAGAAGAAUGUUGUUAGUGAAAAUGGUGGAAAUUCAAAUGAUGGACAAGUUGCUGGUGGUGAUGGUAAGCUGGUUUUUAAUGGGAGUGUGAUUUCAAACCUCCAUAAGAAGUUUGAGAAGAAUGCUGCAAAAGCAAGUUUGCAUGAUGGUGUUGCUACUGGGGUUGUAUCUAAGAAGAGAAAGAGAACAGAGAACUCUAAAGGAGAGACAUCUCAGGGGGUUGUAUGUAAGAAGAGAAAAAGAACAGAGAGCCCUAAAGGUGAGACAUCUCAGGAUUUUGAUUUGAACAAUGCAGACGCGGAAGAUGACUCUGCAGUAGCAAAGAGUGGAGAGGAAAGUUCCAAGAAAGUAAAAUUUUCCAUGGAAAGUAACUUAGUAUGGAAGCAACACACUCCUUUACCUCCUCAGAGCUUGAGAAUUCCCCCCUCUGCUACACCCAGAGGAAGCGCACUAAAAAAGGGUUUAUCCCCAGGCCCCAUCAGGGAAAUGCCUCUCCCGACCAAAAAGGAAAAACGGAAGAAGCCCAGGAAGACCAAAAAACGCUUGAUGAAAUUAGUGGAUUUCGCUAAAGCUUUUAUGGGAUGA